AUGGUCAAGGUGAUUUAUGGUGGGACUACCAGGAGGGCCAAGAUGCCUCUGCGUGAUACUUGCGUUGGCGUUCUUGAGGAGCAGCUGCGAGCCUUCCUCGUGAUCCCCGAUAACUCUGCCGUCACCAUCGAGAGAUACUCUGACUCGGCUGGUACCUACAUCAUCCUCGACCCCAAAAACACAUCCGUAUAUAAACAGCUAUACAGGGCGGCCAAGGCCAAGUCCAAGCUUAAACUGCGUGUGACUCUCAACCCUGACGAGAACGAGUCUUCCGCUUCGAUUCCUCUCAACGAAGAGCAUCUCCAGGAGUCUUCUGAUUCUGGUGAGAAGCAGCCCCCCUCACCCCAGCCCCAAGCCCAGCCCGAGGAGGCCAUGACCACCUCGAGCGACGAAAACGCCACGCCCUCCCAGGUCACCCAGACCCCCCCUUUCCACAGGGAUCUCCCCGCCCGUAGGGCUUCCCUCGUGUCAAAGACCUAUGAGUCAUCUGUUCUCGCCGAAGCUGCCAGGAUUGCCGAGGCGUCCAAUCUCAGGGAGGAGCUCCACGCUCGCCUUGCCAACAUGGGCGACCCUAGCUUGGACACUGAAACCCCCGACACUAGGGCCCCGGCCCCGGCCCCGGCCCCAGCCCCCGCCGUCACAACCACCGCCGUCGCUGCAGACGCUGUCGCUGCUUCCGCAGAUGAGCCUUCUGCCAACUUCGCCAUCUGCUGCAACCUCUGCCGGAUGACCACGACCGAUGUCCACUACCACUGCUCCACCUGCGAGGACGGCGACUUCGACCUGUGCCAGGCCUGCGUCGACAAAGGCCGCUCCUGCUCUGACAGCCAGCACUGGCUGAUUAAGAGGAACAAGGUCGACGGCCAGAUCGUCACCAGCACCACCGAGAGGGUUUGCCCCAAGUUCAAGGCCGAGGCCGAAGCCUCCGAGCCCACCGAGGUGGAUAAGCUGGCCGACCUCAGGCUCCGUCUGCAAGCAUUUGAGAAUAGGUCCGCCCCCAUGCCCUUCUUCUCCAUGUCCCAGCCCGACGAACUUUACUCCCGGUUGCCCAUCAUGCCACGGGAGUCCGUGGCCGAUAAGGCCCGGUCCCGUACUUGCAACGGCUGCGUCCAAGAACUCGCCGAGUCCAAGUUCCUCCACUGCGACGUCUGCGAGGACUUUGACCUCUGCGUCAACUGCUUCCCCAAGGAAGUCGAAGGACACCACCCCAAGCACGCCUUCUACCCGCUGGUGCCCGGCUCCGUCAAUGCCGUCCACAUCACCUCCAAGCUGGCUCCCGGCCGCAACCGUCUGCACCACGCCAUCUGCGACCAGUGCGACAAGUUCAUAACCGGCAUCCGCCACAAGUGCCUAGACUGCCCCGACUGGGACCACUGCGAGGAGUGCGCAUCCAGGUCCGAAAGUAUCCACCCCGGCCACCGCUUCGUCCCCAUCUACGAGCCCGUCAGCCCCUCUCGCGCGAAGAACAACAGCGUCCACGUGGGCGUUAUGUGUGAUGGCCUUCUGUGCUCUCAGUCCACCUCAUCUUACCCUGCCUACAUCCAGGGUGUGCGGUACAAGUGUGCCGUCUGCCCCGAUUUCGACCUCUGCGCUGCUUGCGAGGCUCACCCGUCCAACGACCACAACGAAAGCCACCCUCUGAUCAAGAUCCGCACGCCUAUCCGCCAGAUCAGCGUGACUACUUAUGGCGAGGAGGCCGACGGCCAGGCGAUGCCGCCCAUGGGUGACCGUCCAAGCUGCCCGGCCAUGUCGGCCAACGCCCUCUCGUUCAACAGACCUCAGACCGUGGUCGACACCAAGCCGCAGCCCUCCGUCAGCUCUCUGACGGAGAAGCAGGAGGCCAAGAUCGAGAAGGAAGAGCCGCAGAAGGAGACCGCGAAGCCGGCCGCUGCGGAGGCCCCCGUUGUCGGUACAGACGGUCUUCUCGCUUCCUUUGUGCGCGACUCGGUGCCCGACGGCACCAUUAUACCCAUCAAGCAAGAGUUCCUGCAGACCUGGGAGCUCCGCAACACUGGCGAGACGGCCUGGCCUGCCGGGUGCUCGGUCAGGUUUGUCGGUGGUGACUAUAUGGGCCAUGUCGACUCCAGCCGCCCGGCCCGUACCGCCGAGCUGCUCGAGGCGUCCGAGUCCAAUACGUGCAAUGUCAAGAUCCAGCCCGGAGAGCAGUUCUCGUUCACCGUGAGGCUCCGCGCCCCGCCGCGUCCUGGAAAGGCUGUCUCCUACUGGCGCGCCACGACGCCGGACGGUACCAAAUUCGGCGACCGCCUCUGGUGUGACGUCAAUGUCCGAUCAGUUGGUGGACCUUCCUCGCCCAAGAUGCCCUCCCCCGCGGUAGAGGAGAAGAAGGCGGAGACUCAGGAGGUGAAGGAGGAGGAGCCUGAGCUGGCUUCGAGCCGCAUGAUCUUCCCCAAGCUCGAGACAGAGUCUCCCAUGGCUAGUGUUCACGAGGAGGACAACAAGACAGCCGAAGAGUCCGAAGCUAAGUCGACUGCGGGCGACGGCUCCGGGUCUUCCAGCCAGGACUACGAGUGGGAUGUGUCGGAUGGCGACUUCCUCACCGAUGAGGAGUACGAUAUCCUCGAUGCCUCAGACGAGGAGUUCCUCGAGGAGCAGCGUAAGAACAUGCGCUUCUAG